CCAAAGUACUAACCUAACCUCCACCCACCAGUUGCCCGUCCCGCCUCCCGCCGAGCCGCACGCAUGCAUGCAUCAACCAUCAUCCCCACACCUCCUUAAACUUACCUAACCACACCCCAAUCUCUCUCAUCCCCGAAACCCGAUUCCAUCUCAUCAUCCCCAAGAUAAAAAAGGAACCUCCCAAAAUGGACCCAGAAACAGACCCCUCCACCCCCCCCGUAAUCAACUACAUUCUCUCCUUCCUUCUAGUCGGGGUAGCCUGGGGCUUCACAACCCCUUUCAUCCGGCGCGCAGCCGCGGACUUUGCAGCCCGCCAACAGCAAAACCAGCAACAGGACGACAACAACAACAACAUCAGCAUCAACAGUAAUGACAAUGUCCCUCUGACACCUGUUACUCCCGAAUACACCGAUGAAGCACGUCCCGAAGAAGGAGGAGAAGAAAGCGAGGAAGAUAAUCCUCCCCCAGCCACCCACCAAGAACAACAGCAGCAACAGCAGCAGCAACAACCAGCAUGGAUGCAGCAAAACCAGCAGAAACCUCCCUCCUGGCUGCGCAAAAAGAUCACUACUUUAUUCUGGACAGUGGUGAAUUUGCUUCGCACGCCUGCGUACUCUAUCCCCCUCGUUGUGAAUUUAACGGGGAGUGUGUGGUUCUUCUUGUUGGUGGGGAAGCAUGAGUUAUCGUUGACCGUUCCCCUCGCCAACUCCAGUGCUUUUUUGUUCACGGUGCUCGGGGAAUGGUAUGUUGAGAGGAAGGUGAUUGAGCGCGAGACGUGGUUGGGGAUGGCGUUGGUGUUGGGCGGGAUUGCGCUUUGUGUUAUGGCUUAGCUUUUCUUUUUUACCUAGUGCUUAAAGUGUUUUAUGGGUUUGUAGGGGUGUUAUCGUAUAGUAGUAUCUCAAGUUGGUGUGGUUGUUGAUUGGUUGAAGUUGAAGGGAGGAAAAAAUAAAACACAAAAAGAUGUGCAUCAUCCGUGAAUCGAACACGGGCCUCAUCGAUGGCAACGAUGAAUUCUACCACUAGACCAAUGAUGCUGC